AUGGUUUUCGCAGGCUAUGUUGCUUUCAUCUUAUCCACAUAUCUGGGUAAAUUCAUCAAAAGACUCAACAAAGACUCUGUCAAUGUCAGCCUGCUGAGGGGCUCCAUUGAACUCAAGAAGCUUGAGCUAUUGCCUGACUUGCUAUAUUCCUGUGAGCACCUGCAACUGGAAAGCGGUACGAUAGGGAGCCUUAGCUUCAAGAUACCAUGGCAUUCCCUUUACCGUAAAAGAUGUGAAGUGGUUGUGCGAGAUGUUUCCAUUACAGUGGCACCCAAGCACCAGCGCAGUGAUACUGCGACAGCGUUCUUUAGAUCGAAGGAGGAGUUUCUUACCGCCGUGCGAGGAGCUCUCGCGGAUGCAACGAAACACGAAAAAACACAAAAAGACUCUAAGAGCGGCUUCCUUUGUCGACUUCAGCAAACAAUUCUCAAGAAUCUAGCGUUUCGCCUGGAGAACCUCUCUUUUCAAUUAGAGGACAAGACCGGCUGCUGGAAAGGUCAAACCGCCAGGGUUCAGGCGCGAUUUGGUAGGCUGACGUGUGAGGCGACGGACUCAAAUUACAAGCCCACCUUCGUUCAACCUGAGGAUAGCAUUGCGAAUGAAUCACUCUACCGCCUUGUCUCGUACGAAGGUGUCUCGGUGCGCCUGCUGUACUCAUCCAAGGGCGAAGAGCUGCUUCAACGACGAUCAUCGCAAUCGCAGAACUCGGAGAGUGUGGACUCUUUCAUCGACGCUGAGGAAGUUUUGGUGUCCUCGGAAGGUGCUAUGACCAUUUACUUGCAAAAGCAGUCGGCCACCGUGCAAACAGAGCGGCGCGUGUUUGCUGCGCUCAUGACCAGAAAGACAACCCUUCAGUGGAGCGCAUCGUGCACCACGGCAAUCGGCAUUCUCCUGGAAAGCGUGAAGCAGGCCCCGCGUCGCGCCUUCUUUUGGAGCAAUCGACCCGCUAGCCGCAUUCGAGUCGGCGACCCGGCUGGAACGUCAAGGUGGUGGUUCUAUGCGAUUGGCAAAGUGGUCACGUAUCAGAAAGCGAGGCGCGAUCGCCGACGGUUCGACUGGGCAGUAUAUCAGCGGCGGAAGCUCUUCCUUGCCAGCCUUUUCACUUUUUGCCUGCAACUUCUGAAAGCACCUUGGAUUCCCAGCGGUGAAGAACAGAGCUUGAGCGAGGACCAGCUAGUGCGCACCUCUGCGCAAGAUGUCAUGGCGUGCUGGAAUGCGGCAAGAGAGUGCUUUGCACAGUUCCAGCGCACAAAAAGGCCGCCACAGGGUAGCGCGUACGAGCAGUACCUGCAGUAUUUCUACUUAAACGAGCAGAAGUCACGUGAGGAGCCGCUUCUGGAGUCGAGUCCUUUAACAGCGCUGCCAGCUGAGAUCGGACUCACCAUUGAGUGCGCAGAACUCGCAGUUUCUCUUGACCAAAAUCUGAGGGGCGUCACGAAUCAGACGUACAUCGGCAUCACUGCGAGCAGAGACAAGCUAUGCGUACAGCUCUCCGCCGCCACCGCUACCGUUGUCGCCGAGGUAGACGAAGAUAAACCCGUUCUCGCUAUCACUGGCGGCGACACCGCCGGUGUAUGGCUUAUGGCGUCAAAGGUGGGGCACUCCCCAGCCAGUGUUGAGCUCGUCAUCGAAGAGAUGGUAGUGUGCCUCGACCUAUCUUUUCAAGAGCUUCUGGUUACUAAGGUGGCCUCAUAUACUGUCGCCGCAAGGCCAUUCCUGAAUCAGGACUUCUCGGAUGUCUCGACUGCUGCGGUUCUGGUGGGGAACAAGGUGGACCACCUGGAGGUGAGAACGCAGCAGGAGCCGUUCUCAUCAUUUAGCAUCAUUGUGAAGUUCGUCACUGGGAAAGCUGACGGGGUAUGGUUGCACGCGCAGUGCGCUCAGCUAGCUCUCGCGCUGAGCAGGCCACCGGCGGUUGAAAUACAAGAAAUUAGCGCUGUUGUCAAUGAUGCCACUCUUGUGCAGCUGAGCUCGGUUGCCGUGACCCCUGCCGUAGGCAGUGACGGCAUUCACAUUGAAGUAGUGACCGAUAGCGCCAACAUCUCCACCAACGUUGAGGGGUUCGAGUACGUGAAGCUGCUUCUUGGAUUCAUGAGGCAGCAAUGGUCUAGCCGCACGAACAGCUUUGUGUCUGACCUGCAGGCUAGGAGCUCAGGUGACGCGAAACAGGAUGCACUAUCCAAGGAGAAGUCACAGGUAAAUCUGGCACUGCGGUUUGAGUUCAUCGAGUACGGCGCGCUGGCGCUAGAGGCGUUUUCCAUCCGAACUACCUUCGGUGAUGGAUGGCACAUUCACCUCAGCGCUGCCGGCGGGACAACGGAGGGGUGGUGCCACAGCAUUUCACCGCGGCCGCAAGAGCCUUUCAUUGACAUUCAUGUAUGGGCAGGUGCCUUUUUGGUCUACUCGCCGUUUGCUGACAGCAUUGAGGACAACGGCAUCACCUUCACGUGCAAUUUUAACCACGUGACCGUGUGCCUCGGCAACGAUCUUAUAUCUAGUCUGGAGUCUCUUUACGACACCGUGAUGAUGAUUCUUUACGACGAUGAAGACCGCCAUGUGUAUCUGAGUGAGCGCGACAAGUACACAACUCCUCAAAUCAUCGGGCUCUUUACAGGCAGCCAUAUGAUGCUUCUCUUGGAUAGCAAAGGUGGCGACUUGACCUUGCUGCCGGGACACGCUGAUACUGCAGUUGCUGCUGCUGCUGCCACGGCGGCGGCGCGCAGCGCUGACUAUUGCCGCCCCGGAGCGACCCCACUACCAACGCCGCCACCGCUCACCGUGGAGCUUCUUGGCGAAGAAUGCCUGCACGUCUCUCUGCAGCGGUACGGUGACAAACGCAUGGAUGUCCACGUCGUGCUCCAGAGCGGUGUGAAUGCCUACCUCAUCGGUGCACCGGCCCACAUACCUCUUUUCGUGCCGCGAGACAGUAUGCGCGCAGAGGUGGACCUUCAUUUGUGUUCGCCAAGUGCCAUGGACUUGCCCAUUUUCCCGUACGGCCGGCUGAACGUCGUUGUGAAGCUGUCCAACGUGGCGACCGUCAUGCAUAUUCCAACACUAACGGCCGUCUGGACGUACUUCGACACACCGUCGUUGCCACUGUGCCGCCUGCGUAACAUCGGCUUGCGCCUCCACUUUUCCUCUCGCCCCAGCCACCCCGGUGCGACACUCGCGCCGCGGUCGCCUGCCUCCGCCUCCGUCGAGGCGGUUGGCGCGGCCGCCUUCGCCCACAUCUCGCGCCCCUCAGAGGGUGGGGCGAGAAGCGCCUCUGCGCCGGUGUCCACGCUCGCCCAGUGUGACGUGUACUCGAUGCCAGUAUUUCCAUCCGAUAUGCGCCUGAGCGUCGAGAUCGCUGAAUCGGAGCUGUACUAUCCAUGGGGCGAAGGCAGUGUGGCGCCGCUGUACCUGCACGCCGAGUUGCCAAACUGCGAAGUUGUCAUGCUGAGCCGAGACGGAUGUGUUGAGGUGACUGUACGAGGGUUUAUGACAAUGCCCCGCGUCAGACCCGCCCUGCACACCAUCCCACGUGCGAUGAGCGAGACGACAGCACAGUCCGCAGAGGCGAGUACCACGCGCACCGUCGCUGAAAGCAGUGGUGAACAUGGGUCGUAUAAGAAAGCACCGCCAUCAAGAACGUCCGAAGAGCACGCCGCCAUCACCACUGAUGCUGCUGUCGAUGGGGGCAGCACCGCGCGGCCCUGCAGCAGCCGAGGCACCAGCAGUACCGCGCAACAGACGAACCGAAGAGCGCGCACCGCGCAUUCGCCUGCCGCCGCACAAGCUGCCUUUCCGAGCGAAGAGUACUUGGCAGCACCACAACACUGUGCAUCACCGCCGCUGGCCUCGUCCCUCAUCCAAGUGCACGUGGUGUACACAAUAGACAGCCGCCCGCCGUUCUCUCCGGGAAACCCCGACGAGUCUCUGCGAGUCUCCCUGACUGCCACCGCUGUGCCCGGCAUGGGCGCACUGCCGGGACCUUUGCACGCAAGCCUGCGCUCGCCGGCUGAGGUGGCAACGUGGCUGACCUUCUUCACAUUUUUCGAUCUCACCAACACGGUCUCGCUCUCCACGUCGAGCUGCGCGGCCACCGUGUCACCGACGUUUGUGUCAGCGGGGAACAAAAACAGUGGCGGUAGCGGUGGCAGCAUGCCCACAUCUGCGGCGCAGAGCCCGCGCCGCCUCAUCAUGAACGUACACACCUCUCCGAUCGUGUUCCAUCUGCCCUUCGCAGCGGCGGCAGCGGUGCUGUGGGAGGGCCUGGAUUUUGUGGCCUCACCCGGCUACAGCGCGUUGCGUAUACCGAAGCUGGAUGUGUUGGUUCAUGAGCAGCUGUGGUGCACCGCAGCGACAGGGGUAGCGGCGUCGGUGCAGCGGCUGGCGACGUUGCGCGACAACGGCUACGCUGUUCUGUCUCUUCGUAGCAGCAGUAGCGGCAGCAUAGGGGAGGUGGAUAUGGCGCCUGCGAUACUGUUCGAGUCGCACGCUACAGGGCCAACGGCGGCCGAGGUGCACCGGCGAUUGGUGCUGCCCGCUAUCGUAGGGCAUCUUGCCCACGCCACCACUCUUGUGCAGCUACAGCAGUGCUCCACACUUGCAGCCGUGAGCGCAGUUUUUGCGGCUCGAAACGCGCAGACGGCCCUACUGAACGCUGUGAUUGUGCAGGAGAGUCAGCGCAGAAAGCUGCGCUACGCGUGCUGCUGUGCCACAUCCGCCGGCGGUCGUGGGAGCAGCGGUACAGACGCCGACGCGGAGGCGCAGCUGCUGCCCUUACUUUCCCCACCCUUGGCUAUCCACAUCCAUAGCGGCUGCCUCACGUUUGAAUGGAUGAGUGGACUACAACAGGGCCUGCGAGCGGGCGUGACUGUGGCCUUCGCGAAUGCGCGGUGCAACGAUUACGAUGCGCACAACCACCUCUCAGCCGCCCAGCCCACCGACGACAGCUGCGAUACCACCGCACACUGUCCACAGCGCUUUCCUCUAGCGGUGACCAUGCCGCUUAUCAUGGAGGUGGAGGCAGUAGAGGCAUAUGCUUGGUGGACCAACACAGAGAGCACCAGCACGGCCGAAGCCGCUGUCGGCGAAGAGGUCGCAUCGCUCGAGGACCCGCAGUCGACGAGUAAGCAGCACCCCAGCGUGCCAUUGGUAACAGCUUGCAUGCCACUUCUACUUUAUCCUGUUCAGGUACACACGCGCAUCGACACCGCCGCGCAGGCGGCGGACACGGACACAGGGAAAGCCGCACGUGAGAGAGGUACCACCGCGGCUGCAGCCUCGGGCACCUGUUUAUCUGUCCAGCAGGAGGACGCGCGAGUGGCGACAAGCGAAGAAGAGCUGAAGCUCGGCUCUGCUGUGAGCAGCGGCGACGACACCAUCGGUACAGUUGCGCGCCGCUCGCAGUCGCUCUCCAGUGCGACGCUUCACACAAUGCCGUCAACCCCCAGCGACAGAAGCAGUGUCACGGCGGCAGCGGUACCCACAGCUAUCAUGUACCCCAUGCGUCCCGCGGAGGCACUGCGGACGUCUGUCUUCCUAGUGACUCCGAUUCACGUCGUACUCAACAACUCUGCAUACGUUGUGCUGAGCGAGAUGCUGCUGCAUAAAGUUCAGGGGACGAGUGCAGCGACAGCAGCGGGUGCUCAGGGUGCGGCGGCGGAAGCAACACCGCCUGUCUCGCAGGGCGUCGCGAUCGUCAGUCAGUACUACCUCAAGCACUGUGUCGUGGAGCUUCCGACGGCAGCGCGAGGCAGUGCCGCAAUAUCCAGUGACUCAGCCUCCUCACCUUUCCCAACGCUUGCCUGCAGCAGAAGUGGGCCGAGCAGCUACACUAGGAGCGUUAGAAACAGUUUUGGCGGCAGUUCCGGCGGGCAUGCGUCUUCGUUGCUGGUCAGAGCGCAGGCGGCGCGCGCGAAGACGAUCUAUGUGUUCCGUUACGACAGCGCACCGAAACAGCGUGUGUGGGUGGAGAGCCAAUCUCAACCAUCAUGGCAACCCGACCAACAGCAGCCAAAUGGCGACAACUCGGUCGAAAAAGGGGGAGAGCGUGGCCUGGAGCCGUCCCUUAACGGCGCGGCCGAGAUCGCUGAAGUGGAAAAGCGUGGCGUGCCGAUGAGUCACAUCCCCCUCAGCUCGCCGUACGCGAUGGACGGGAUGCGGAUGCUGGAAGCGCCGGCAGCGCACGAUGGUCCCGCCAACCUACGAGGUGGAAGGGUUCAUGCAGGUCAUUCGAGGUUGUCAUCGCCGUCGAUGGUGCAAGAGGAAAAGCGCCGAGAGCCUCAUCGGCGCCCUCGCCCGUCUACGCAGGUCACAAGGGUCGUUUCAACGUUGGGGCCACAGGAUGCCACGCAGCCUCGUUUGCCGAUGCGCAUGACUGUUGCGGAGGUAUGUCUUAGGCUUGUCUACUACCGCGAUGUCGAAACAGUCGCCGCCGCAGUCUCCGAGGAGCGCCGUUUCUGGCAGCGAUACGCGGCGGUCCAUGCCUCAGCGCGACGCGCAGCAGCGGCAAGUCCUGCGCCAGCUACUACGACCGAAGCGCCGUGUCUCAUGACGUUCCUCGCCGCCAGCGUUGCACCUCUGCGAUCACUCCACCCAGCCAGCACGAACAGCAGCACCGCACGAAGCCGCAUAAGCAGAAAUGCCAGCCCACUGAAGCGCAGUCGUACUCCUCUGCGCUGGGGCCAAGCGCCAGCGUCACCGGCAUCUGCUCAUCAGCUGCUGCUUGCUCCCACCGCCAUGCUCGAGGAGGCGUGUGUGGAUGCUUUGUGUGUACGGCUAAGUGGCAUCAUCGUGUCCCGUUUCACCGACGCGAGAUCUGUCCAGCUUGAGUCGUGCGUGUGCACCUCAGUGAAGAGUCCCAGUCGGCCGCUCCUCUCCACGACUCAGGUGGAGCUGUACGUACCGUCCUCCGCUGUCGCAUACCCGUCGGCAGGGGAAGCUGCGACGACGGUGACACGAGACCUUCAAGGAGCUACGUGGGUGACGGAGGUCCUGCGAGACAUGGAGACUGCGCCCGAGGCAGAGAGUGUCGGUGCAUCUCCAACGAUGUCGCCAAAAGACACGAACGCCAUCGCUGCACCAUCGGCGCCGGUGUUGCCGCAGCCGAAGCCUUCUGACCCGACAAGACAGGCAAUAAGGAGUCACUCGGCCGACUCGCCAUCAUCGGCAGCAGCCCCUACUGCAGCCUCGACAAGCGUCAAUGGCUGGAACUGCAACGGCGAUGGGGCCCAUAGGCAGGCAAUUGUGAUGCAAACCGAUGUGGGGUGCCGCCUAGAGACGUUGACUAUCGACCUCAGCGCAGCCGCGUUGCGUGCUUGGUUAAGCUGCCUCGUAGAGCAGCCGGUCGCUGCGCUGCGGGCCGCUACAGAAGAGGAGAAGCGCGCGGAGCCUGUAGCCGACAGGUCCCAGCGCGCCGUCGUCGUGGCCACGACGACGACACCAAUUCUGUCGCCCGUGCAGUGGAAGCCUGGUCAAGGUCUGCGCGUGCACGAGAUUCGCGAGGCCUUCUGGAACCUCGAGCACGACAUCACCCUCUCCCGCGAUGGCCUCGUUCUUGUAUUCUCCAGUCAAGAAACAAAUCUACUGACGGUGUACCUCAACGGUCACGACAUCACGCUUGACCCCUCGCUGCUGCACCGCCCGGCAGGGCUGCAGCGGGUGGUGAUGAUCGUGCAGGGCGGACUCACCGUUCGCUUUGUUGGCAGCGGCCGUGUGCGGCUCCCGCUUGCGCUGUGGAGCUCAUCCCUGGUCGAGACGACGGCGAACGUUGGUCUGGAAACGGCGCUACUGCCCUUCAUGGCGAUUGGCGAGGGGAGCUACCUAGAAUGCGCCCAGGUGCGGCUGGGCUUUACGGAGCCCUCGGCAGAGAGUUCAGCGGGGGGUGGCAACGGUCGUGAACCGACGGCUUCAUCCCAAAGGCCUGUGCCCGACUCGUUAGCCUUCAUCUCGAAAGCCUUGGCAGGGGUCAAAGCCGAGGAGGGAAGCAAGGAUGCAAGCGUGGAUGCGUCGCCACUACCGCCUCCGUCGUCUCAUGCAGGCCCACACCAGUCGCAGCUUGUGCACCGCAAUAUACAUCUUUACGUGCCGCACAUCUCAGUCAUCAUCGAGCCGCGACGAGAGUCCCGGCAGCUGCACAUCCGUACAGCGGUGGAGUCGUGGAUGAGCCUCUGCAACGGGCGACUGCUGCGCGACGACGUGCGAUGCACCGGAUUCAUGGUACUCUCGGAGUCCGUCUACGACGCGGCCACGACGACGGCGCGCACGACGGUGCUGGCACCUGUUAACGUGAGCGUGUGCAGCAGAAACGGGCGUCAUCACGCUGUCUCGCUGGGGCCGGUGCAGGUGGACCUUGGUCGCGCAGACCUACUGAUCAUAUCUACUUACGCUGGAGAGCUGCAGGCUCUUCGGUUGUAUGCCAAGCACCUGACCCACAGCAAGGUAGAACGGGCGUUCCUCGAAGUCGUAGAGGCCACCUUAGCAUGGAAAGCCUCAGCGGCUACCACGAAUAACACCGGUGUGCACGGCGAGGAGGAUGAGCACGACAGUGAGUUGUACGACGACGCUGACUCCAGCGACACGAGCGAAGAGAAGAAGGGGAAUGAAGAGAGGCGUAGCAGUGGUCCUCGUGGAGGUGCUGCGCGCGAACAAAGUGUGGCGGCAGUCCCGCCGUCGAGAACCGACUUCGCUCACGCCAACCAUGCCAGCGACGCCUCCGGGGAGGCCGCAAGUACAGCAGCAGUACGAGAAGGGGCGAUGUCCAUCGACCGGCCGUUGUCAUCGUCGACAGGACCACGCAGAGAGAGCCAUAGACAGCCAUCGCGCCCCGCCACCAUGCAGGGCUCUGCAACACGCAGAACUGGCACGACGAAGACGCUCCUGCGCCAGGCUGUUGCAGGAAGCGAGGUGCAGGAAGAGGUGCGUUCACACGUUUGUGCGGAGGACGACCAGACGUGCUGCGUACCCACUGUCGACGUGCGACGGCAGCAGCAGCAGCAACAGCAGCGUAGGCGCCAGCGGCUUCUUCGGCGGCGGCAGUCCCGUGGGUUCUCCUGGGUGGUAUUUACUUUCUCCGUCGAGGUCAUUUUCAGCGACCACCGCUACCCACUCAUGCAGGUGUGCGUACAGGACGUUAUGGUACGUCGCACAUCCUCCUCGGCCCUCGCCUCCACCUCCCUGGUGCGGUGUCAAAGGGCGAGCGUGCGGGUCCACGGGCGUGGUCGCUGGGACGUGCUACUGAAGCCGAGCGCGGCACUGACGUGGUCGCUCACGCAAACGGUGUCGCGCCACAGCAGUAACCGGCACGUCUCCUUAGUGGUGGAAGGGGUCCAUUGGCGAUGCUCGCACCUUAUCGUGGCAAAGCUGCUCUACAUGAAUCGCCAAUUCAGCACCCUGGUGGCGAGCCUGAGGCGGCGCCUGACCAUGGCGGCCGCUGCAGGGGGAGAGGCAAGCAGUGCGGCAGCACCGGCAUCGGUCGCCGACGUGGCAAUGACGCCUGCUGUGACGAAAUUCAGAGGCGAAGACGACUCAGGAAGGGAUACCAGCAGCAACACCACAGCGGACAGCGCCUCUGUUAGCACAGAUGGUGACGACAGCAGCGACAGCGGGGACAGUAAAAGGAGCAGCAGUAGUAGCCGGCAAAGCAAUGCCAGCACCGAAACCUUCUCGGACGCGAGCUCUCAGCGUCGACGACGGCAGCUUCGACAGGAUGCAGCGGCGAUGGGGGCCGGUGGCCAGAGCGCUGACUCUUCUCUGACAAUGGAGGCGACACCAUCAUCAUCAUCGUUUGCCGCUUCCUCCUCCGUCGCGGUGAACGAAGUCCCUAUCACUGCCGUCACUACCGCCGCCGACCGACUCGCGGCGACGAUGCGGUCGUCUCAGCGUGGCGGCCACAGCAGGCCAUCUAUGACCGCAGGUGCGGGAGCACCCGCGUCGACUGUAGCCGUCUCCCCGGGGAUGGCGACCCACCGCCUACUAAACAGUUUCAGCCACACCCUCUUUGCUGGCAUCUGUGAGUGCGUGGCGGCGACGACGGUGUCGGCGACGGCAACGCCCGACGUGCUGAGUGCAGCAGCCAGAUCGGCAGACUCUUCAUCAUUGCAGCCCACAGCAGAACCAGCAGUGCCGAUGUUGUGGCGCUGCAACGAGCUCUACUGGCUGCCACCAGCCUCCACUACCGACAUCUUCAUCUCGUACCGCCGCGCCCACUCGCUGAUGCUGACCUUCUUCACAGCCGAGUGCGUCGAGUGGGACGGCGUGAACUGUGUCUGGACACUGAAUGCCAAGGGCGAGACAGCGCUGGCAGCAAGGGCAAUCGUUAGCACCGCCAAGCCGUCACCAACGGUGCCUCCUCUGAGGCAGCAACAGCAGCUGGACACCUCCCGCGGCACUGUCUCUGCCGCGACAACGAACUGGUUCGCCUUCACGUCCCUGCAGUACGGCAUGGCGAGGGCUUUGACCAUAUGCACCACCGCAUCUAGAGGUGCGGUGGCCGCACCAGCAUCCACACCCGCCACGGCGACAGGAAUCAGUGAGUAUGGCGGCGGCAAUGGGAGUGGAGGUGGCUGCAAGGUGCUUGCCUACUCGUUAGCGCUGACCUGUGUAGACCCAGAGGAAGAGGCAGACACGUCACGCUACCCCAUCGUGGUCGCCAGCGGAGAAAGCGACGACGAUGGGUUGACGCCUGUCCCGCAUCAGCAGCAGCAACGCCAAAGACAUGCUCGUCGUCGGUCCUUCACCGCGUCCUCGGCCGACGCCUCCGCACCGCUCUCCCGCAGCGCGUCGUCCAUGUGCGUGGGCUCGCUAAAGAAGGGCGGGGCGCUGCUGUGCGGCAGCACCUCAAAGGGCGCCGCUCUUCGAAUGGCACGGGGGAGCAGCAGCAGCAGGGCCGAUGCAAGUGACCUCACUUCCAACAACUUCGUACCUGCUCAGCGUGUAGAGCCGUUGCUGCACCGAUCCCACGGCUGUUACGAUCGCCUGCAGAUGGCACAGUGUGGCGCCGCUUCAACCCACUCCCUCCCGGAUCAGCGACGAAGCAGCGCUACGAUAUCGACGACGACAGACAACCAGAAACCCGCUGCCCAACGGAGAGGACGGCCGCACAGCCGCAGCCCCGGCCGUGUCCCGCCAGCGGUGCACCGGAGGUACCUGCAGCCGCCGUAUCACGUCAAAACAGCAAGCACUCCAGUGCCUUCAUGGCAAGAUACUGAGGGAGGUGGCGGGGACCUUCUCGUCGUGCGCCUGCAAGCACGAAGCUCUCUCUUCAACGAAACCGGCUGCACGCUGCAGCUGCUGUCUUCGCUGCAACUGCUCACGGCGCUCAACUCGGUCGAUGACGCCCCAUCCUUGCCUACGACACUAACGACGGUGCCACCAGGCUGGCAGCUGCCGUUGAAUGAAGAAGACGUGCACAACGAGGUGGUGCUGCGUGUGUGUUGCCCCUCGACCCGGUGGAUGCCGUCGCCGGCAGCACUGAGUGCCACCACGGCCUCCCCUACCCGCGUGACGGUCUCCGGGCACACGGCAGGUGUAGCGGAGACGAUGGACGACGCUACGGCGCACCUGGGCUGGUAUGAGACGCGCACCGUACUGGGGCAACUCCAAAGUGGUCGCUUUCUCUCCUUUAGGCGCGUCGAUGUAGCGGGUGACGCAGUCGGUCCACCCGUAGACGUAGCAGGUGCGGCAACAGCGAACGACUCGGCGAGUUCCUUGCACAGAUGCGCCACUAGUAGCCGCCCUCGUGGCGAUCAUGAUGAGCGGCUGCUCAUACUGUUUGUUAUCCAUACGUAUUCCGCGGACGGGUUGAUGCAGCAUAUCUCCCUAUACCCCCGCCUCACGCUUAUCAACCACCUCGGCCUCACCGCGCGGGUGGUGGUGUUUCAGCAGGACCCGCUUGCCGGCCCACAGACCCCAGAUGAGGCCACGCUGAUCGCAAAAUGGACGGCGCCACGUGUCGGACGUGGGCUUCACGAUCAAGAACGUUUUUACCGCAGCCUUGUCGCACUCGGCAUCCACGAUGCUCUUCCCCAUCAGCAUGCCCUCCCGCUCCACCUCUGCACGUACGGCAGCAAUCUCAUCCUGGGCCUGUCGUUCACCCAGAGCACUGGCGACGCCUUCUUCACGGCGGACCUUCGCCCAGUCGUCACACACCUGCGCGAUGCCGUGGAUCGCCACCCGCGUCUGCUGCAACUGCGUGACAGCCACGGGCGGGCCUUCUACGUGCAAGUGAGCGUGAUGUCCCGCACGGUGGUGCUGUCAGUGGCGUUGUGGGUGUACAACCUGACCGAGUACCCGCUGCUCAUGAGCGACGGCUUUCUGCAGCGCCGCCUCUGCCCGGGGCAGAACAGCACCAGCGGCAUCAUCCCGUCGCAGGGGGAGCCGUUCCUGAUUGGCUGCCAACUCGCUGACUUCACGCAGGGUUUCUUUGCGAUCGGGAUGGACGGCGGCUGGUCCAGUGCCGUGCCCAUCGAUGUCGGCUCCAGUGGCGUGUUCGUCUCCGUCUUGUCGCAGCUCGGUAUCGCACGCAGCUGCAACUACUCGAUUCUCUUUCCGAACGCGCAGGAGGGGCGGCCCAUGGUCAUCCAAAUCACGCCGCGGUGGGUCUUCUACAACAACACGCCCAAACAGCUGCGACUUCAAUUUCAGUUUCCUGGACUGGAAACGGCAAUGCAGCAGGCAGAGAAGCGGCGACGACGGUUGCGGAUGCGGGAGAUGGACGCCACAGCAGCAGAAAACGACAUCGAGGCCGCCGCAGUGCCUGCCGGGGAUGCUGGUGCGGCCCUGCAGGGGGCGCGGCACCGACUUCUCCUGAAGGCGGACGACACCGUCGGCGCCCUCAACUCCAUCGCAGCAGUGCAGCUGAACCCCGGCGACUACCACGUGAGCUGCAUUGGUCCAAUUGAAGGGAACCAAUUCCGAGUGCAAGAGGUGUUGCAAGGGAUACUGCCCACCAUUGCGUCCAUCGACGCCGCAGGGCGUGUCGGACAUCGCGACGUAUCGUCCUACUAUGAGUCGCAGUACACCCCGUACAUGGAUGUCGACCGCCCAGGGGAAGCGACGUUCAACCUGUGGGCAGCGCCUCGCGCGCUGGGGAAGCAGUUGGCCGUAAACUACGGCAGUGACUUGAUCGUGCAGUGGCCGUCGGCGCCGCACCCGACAGAGCUGGAGCCGCAUGACAUGUACUCGGCCGACGCCGUCAUCACGGAACGCAUUGCCGUGGCGGUGCAGAGCGCGGACAAUGUGCUGGCGGUGCUUCUACAGCCGAUUCAGGGAACGAAGAUCCUCUUACAGAACCGCACGCAGUCGCACACCGUCAUGGCGCGACAGCUGGGCAGCAGCCGCCGCAACUGCAUCCCGCCUCGCCAGAAUCGAUUUUUCCUCUGGGAAGACGCGCGUCAGGAGCACACCAUCCGCGUGCACCUUCUUGGCUACAAGGGCCGGUGGUUUGAUGUGGACUUCAGCGCCGGCGAGUGCCAGGUGACGCGCCACGUCGAUACCGAGGCCGCGGCCGCCGCUGAGGCGCUCGACCAUGCACGCCGGCUACACCCGCACCCGACACAGGUGAAGCUGGAGGCGGAGCUGCACGGACGGACGGCAGCAGCAGCGGACUUCUCAUUCCAUGUGCGCGGCUACACAAACACUGAGAAGACGCGCGUCACGAUCCUGGUGACAGAGGCCCCUGUGCCGGUCUACGCUGCCAUCGACUCGUGGCGCACUUCGCAAGCCGUGUCGCUACGGAUGACGAUGGUGCAGCUGAGCUGGACACAAGAGAUGAGCACAUACGUGGCGACCGCGGCAAAGUUCGCGACGCCGUUCGCGAUCGAUGACGGUGAUGAUGGGGUGGUCGACAACGGUGCAUCUGGUGUGGCGAUCACGCCCGCCGAGGACACGGAUCGUGGCGGCGAUACCGCGGCGGCCGCGCUGCCAUCCAGCGUAGAGAAUGCAGCCCUCUUCUCCAUCAUCCUGGAGGGGGUGCAGCUGGAGCGUCUCGCCACGGAGGACAACGAAAACUUCUACCUCGCCGUGCACCAAAUGCAGUGGGUAGAUGAAAAGCAGAAGGCCGUAUUUGUCUACCGGGCGCGCCCUCGCCUCCCGCCGGCCAUGGCCACGCUGCAAGCUGCAGACGCAGCACAAAGCAGCGCAGGUGCAGCGGCGGCGAUGCUGCGAACACCACGGCUCUCCUCCGCCUCCCCAUCUUCUCUAUCCUCGCCCUCACGUGCGAAGCCGAACCCGAGCGACCGCACUGGUAGCCUCACCAGGCGACGGCAGCUACAUCGCGCCGGCUCGCCUGCCGUCGGCACAGCUGCAGCUGGUGCAAAGAGCCGUGACGCCAGUAGUGGCGGAUAUGGUGCGCUAUUGGAGCCCAUCACUGCCACCGCCAACCGCCUGCUCAGCACCGCUCUCGGGCGCAGCGACGCGUUUCUCCUCUGCAUGGAGAAGCAGAACGAUCUGGAGCUCAGCUACAGCCUCAUCAAGUACGCUGAUGGUGUGACGCGCUACACAGAGCUGCGCAACGUCCUGACCCCUCUCGUCGUAGUGCUAACCGACUUUUGGGUGGUGGAUAUGAUCCAGGAGGUGCGUCGGCUGCGAUUGCUGCUUGGUCUUCACAAGCAGUCGGUUGCCUCACAGACCACCACGACGUCGCCGCUGGUGUUGACGGUCUCCUCGCUCCGGCAGCAGCAACGGUCAACGUGGCGUUCCUUCGGAGACGAGGACACAGGCAGCGGUGUGAUGGUUGUGGUGCCUGGCAAACAGGCGUUUUCCGACCCUUGUGCACGCCCCCCCUCAUGGCGGCUGGGGCAACGCAGCGGCAGUGUGAUCGUGGUGGACGGCGACACGGAGGCAGAGGUCCUGCCGUCCGAACAACCGACCCUUGCAGCCCAAAUGGUCCCUCGGCACCGGUCCCCAAGCAAACGCACCAGCAGCGAAGACGCCGUGCGGCAGCGGCGGCCCGGACAACAAACCAACCCGCUGUCGCGAAGGGGCAGUCAAGGCAGAAACCGCGACGGCGACAAGAGCAGCGUGACGGCGACAUCGUCCGUGCACACAAGACGCACUGGCAGUAGUCACACGCACAAUAGUAAGGCGGGCAAGAUGCGCAGCGCCACGAGGCGCUUGGUGACAACUACCCCAGCCUCCCCACGCCGCUACGGCCCGUCAUGUGCCGCGAUCGCGGCCACCGCCGUCACAGUGCCACCGCAGCAGCAGUACCAGCAGGGAGGCGGCAACACUGCAGGCUUUCUUUCGCAGGCCUUCUUCCUUCAACAACUCGUUCAGGAAGUGCGCACACGCCUGGAGCAGCGAGGGACGGAUGUGAUGGCCGGGUCGGUGGCCGCCCUCGCCACCCGAGGAGAAAAGCAGCUGCAGUCUGGUAGUGGAAAACUGUUGCUCCUGCCCGGAGGAAUCGCCGGUGCAGGCCCCGAGGUGCAACACCGACAGCUGCUACGCGGAACCGCCUCGGCUGCUGUGCGCCAUUACCAAAGCGCGAUGCACCGCGGUGUUCCCGGCGAUGGUCUUGUAGGGGCCACGACCGUGGACGCAGACGGGAACCGCGCGGUGGCUGACGUGGGGGGCAGCGGUGCCAGGGCUGCAGGCGAUGGAGGAGUUGGCCGCGUCAGCACAGCCUCGUUCAUGUUCAUCGAGCGACUGGAGGUGCAGCGCGUGACGCUGUACGUCACCUUUGUUCGCCACAGCCCCGACCCACUGCGACCGUUGCUCGGCGCCUAUGCAUGGAUGCUACCCAGUCAGCUAUGUCAGCGUGAAUUCUACCUCCCCGCUUGGACGCUGACGCGGCAGGUGGAAACGCCCGCGUCGCUGCGAGCGCGUCUUGUGCGGUGGGGGAUGCACAGCUUGCGCGAGCAGUGGACCAAGGUGACGAAGCUCGGUACGCUGCUGGACGCGCUGAAGUUUUGGCAGCAUAGGACGCUGCUUCUGCACGGUGCUCCACGGCCCUUGACGCUCUCCCGCGUGCAGAAGCAGCAGCAGCAGCAGCAGAAGAGGGGUGGCGGCGGUGGGCAGCCACUCGCUACCUUCGCCCCAUGCGUAUCAUCGGGUGAAGAAGAGCACGAUGAGAACACGGACGAUGACGGCGGCAACGCGGAUCCACAACGGGGCGGUGCGCAAGUGAAGAGCACCGUCGCUCCCAUGGAGCAGCGGCUAUGA